GUCCUCACUGUCCUCUGCAUUGCUCCUUUUGGCUUUAAAAAAAAACCUAUAGAAUCAUCUCUUCCUUUCUCCACACUUCAUUCUCUCUUGGAUCUCUAUUUUAGACACCAUUAACACAAUAUAAUUCUGCUUACUGAUUCGACAGAAUUCAGUAACUUUGGUUCAGACGCUUUAUUUUCAAGAAUCCAGAACGCAUAAACUCAAAAUUCUAGCUCCGUCUCCGCCGUCAGAAACAACAAUGUGUGACAAAAAUGAAACUUUACUGAUCAACAAGAACAAGGAGUUAGGGAGAAGUGUAUCGAAUGAAUACGACGAAUUGAGGAGUUUUAGGACAUGGCUAAAAUGGAUGUGUGUAGAUCAAUCUGAUCCAUUUUCAGCUUGUCUUUCUUGGUUUGUUUUUGUUCUAUUGGCUAUAGUUGUGCCUUGUCUUUCUCAUUUCUCUUUAGCUUGUAGCGACUGUGAUGCUGCGUACAAUAGACCUUAUGACAAUGUUGUUCAGUUGUCGCUCAGUAGUGUUGCUGCUUUGUCUUUUGUUUGUCUUUCUCGUUUUGUUAAGAAAUAUGGGCUGAGGAGGUUCUUGUUUCUUGACAAGCUUUGUGAUGAGAGUGAAACAGUCAGAAAAUGCUACACUGUACAACUCAAUAGUUCACUAAAGAUCCUAUUCAUAUUUGUUCUACCAUGUUUUGCUGCUGAAUGCGCGUAUAAGAUUUGGUGGUACACCUCAGGUGGCACACAAAUCGCCUUCUUAGGCAAUGUCAUCGCGAGUGACAUUGUCGCGUGUAUUCUAGAGCUCACUUCUUGGCUUUACAGGACCGUCGUGUUCUUUCUAGUUUGUGUCCUAUUCCGGUUGAUAUGUUACCUUCAAGUUCUCCGGCUACAAGAUUUUGCUCAGGUUUUUCAUGUAGAUUCGGACGUUGAAUCAGUGUUGAGAGAGCAUCUCAGAAUCAGGAGGCAUUUGAGGAUCAUUAGCCAUAGGUAUCGCGCAUUCAUUUUGUGGGCGUUGAUGUUCAUUACAGCAAGCCAAUUCGCGUCCCUUCUCAUGACUACGCGCUCAACUGCAGAUCUUCAUAUCUAUAAAAGUGGUGAACUUGCGCUUUGCUCUGUCAGUCUUCUUGCUGGUCUCAUGAUACUGUUGCGAAGCGCGACCAAAAUCACUCACAAGGCUCAAUCUGUGACAUGCCUUGCAGCCAAAUGGCAUGUAUGUGCAACAAUAGACUCAUUCGAUUCGAUUGAAGGCGAGACGCCAGUUACUCGGGCAACCUGUGGCCAAAGUUUUCCUGAAUGUUCAGAAGGAUCUGAUUCUGAUGAUGUUGGAGAUGAAGAAGACGAGUUGGACAAUACAAAAUUUGUUCCUGCUUAUGCCUAUAGCACAAUUUCAUUCCAGAAAAGACAGGCACUAGUGAAAUAUUUUGAGAACAACAGAGCAGGUGUAACAAUUUAUGGAUUCAUGUUGGAUAGAAGUUCUAUUCACACCAUAUUUGGAUUACAACUAUCACUGGUUCUUUGGUUGCUUGGCAAAACUAUUGGCAUUUCUUGAAUCAUCGGCUAUCAAAACCGGAAUUUUUGACUCGUGCAACGGUUAGACUGUACGUAAAAAUAUCAAACGACGCGGAUAUAUACGUGAUCGAUCUUUUUUCUCCGGUGCCUCCCGUUCAUUCUUCGUCAUUUCAUCAUUUUGUUGUGUUGUUCUGUUCAUAAGUCCUUGCCCUUCUUAGAAGGCGAGCGCGUAUAGAGUUAUUUGUUGAUUCAACUUUUGUAUCAUUUCUUGUAUCAUAUUCUUUUUUAUUGGUUUUUUGCUUGUUAAAUUACUUAUCAGGAUGGAUUGUAGUUCUGUUGCCACCUUCACUGCAGCUAUUUGAGUAAAUAUGUUAUAUAUGUCAAUUCA